AUGGGUGGUAAGGGAGGAGACAACCACUCAGAAGUGACUGACUUCAUUCUUGUAGGCUUCAGGGUCUGUCCAGAGCUCCACAGUCUCCUUUUCCUACUAUUCCUGAUUGUUUAUGGGAUGGUCCUUCUGCGGAACCUGAGCAUGACUGACAUCAUUGUGAUUGAUCCCCGGCUGAACACGCCAAUGUAUUUCUUCCUAGGCAAUCUCUCCAUCACUGACCUCUCCUACUUCACUGUUAUUGUACCCAAAGCCAUGGUCAACAUCCUAUCUCACAAAAAGACCAUAUCCUUUGCAGGUUGUGUGACUCAAUUGUUUCUUUAUGCAUUUUUCAUGGUCACCGAGGCCUCUGCCCUGGCAGCCAUGGCCUAUGACCGCUUCAUCGCCAUCUGCAAUCCACUCCUUUACACUGUCCACGUGUCAAGAAGCCUCUGUAUCCAGUUGGUGGUUGGUUCCUAUCUCUGUGGCUGGGUCAGUUCCAUCCUUCAAAUCAGUGUAACAUUCUCAAUGUCUUUCUGUGCUUCCCGAGUCAUUGAUCACUUCUAUUGUGAUUCAAACCCAGUUGAGAAGAUCUCCGGUUCCAAUAUCUUUAUGAAUAAGAUGGUGUCAUUCAGUCUGACUGUCCUCAUUAUUUUGCCCACAAUAGUUGUUAUUGUGGUAUCUUACAUGUAUAUUGUGUCUGUAGCUUUAAAGAUGCACUCCAGUGAAGGGAGGAAGAGAGCCUUCUCCACUUACAGUUACCACCUGGGGAUCAUAAGUUUGCUCUGA